CAGCCGGAGCCGGAGUCGAAGCCGUCGUCGAGAUGGCAGCCGUAGCCGGGGCCGCCACAGUCGCAGCCGCAGUCGAAGCCGAAGUCGUGGGAGAUAUGACAGCAACGACGCAUCUGGUUCCAGGUACCGGUCAAUAUCACGCCAGUACAAUGAUCGCUCUCCUCAGCCUCAGCUUCAGCCUCAGGCACCGCCUAAUAUGCCGCCUAUGCCAUUCCCUCCACCACCCAACGCCAUGGCAUUUCCAUUUCCGCCUCCCCCUCUGCCGGGAUUCCCACCGCCCCCGAUCCCUCCUGAAAUGAUUGCUCACUUCAUGAGCAUGAACCAAUUCCCCGGCGGCCCUGUUCCGCCGCCGCCACCGCCACCGCAGCAGCAGCAGCAAUCUCAGUCGUCUAUGUACAACAACCAGUUCGGACGCGGAAAUGGCGGUUAUAGGGGUCGUGGAAGAGGCGGAUAUGGCCGUGGUGGCUACAGAGGACAAUACUAGUGCCCAAUAGCCAUGUCUGUUGGAGAUGUUACUUUAUGAUACAGGGCGUUCCGGGACCUGGCAAUGGAGUUGCUUUUAAAAUUUUGUAAUGACUUGUGGUAGUAUCAGCUGGUUGAAACCGUGGGAUAAUCUUGGCUAUUAGGCCACUGAGCACUAGAAUCAGCUUUUAUACCGAUUGAAACUAAUAAAAUUAACAUAGCCAAAUCUAAUGAAAUUAACAUAACUGGUAGUGUUUCUCCAUACCGUAAAGGUGCCGCAUCCACGGCUGCACAGAAGAACAAUACAUCACUUAUUACAAAAGAAAAGCCUUACAGAAAUAAGAAUUCAACUAUAAAAGAGAUAAAAGGGCAAGUAGUCUAUCCGAGUCAAGUACAAUCAAGUACAAUCAAGUACACACGCGCACAAGAAAUAAAAAAGAAAAAACACGUAUGUUUCCUUCUUCCCUCUCCCACAACAGCCACCCGGCCAACCAAAUCCAUCACGUCGAGAAGGAAAGCAACAAAGAAAAAAUAGCGCAAAGUCCCAAAGCCGUCUCUCUCUCACACACACAAUCUCUCCCGCUGCUCUUUUUCUUUCCUCCCAAAAAAUGGAAAGAAACAAAUGCAACCGCUGUUUCGCUAGCGUAUGCUUUCUCCUCCCUUUUUCCCCUCCUCCACAUCGUUUCUCCCCUUUUGUCAACAACACACCUAGCAUUUUCUAUAGCCCAAACGCAACCUUUUUUUUUUUGUAUCUCACCUCUGGUCUGUUUCCAUUUUGAAAGAAAAAAAAAGAAGUAGUAAUGUUGUAGAAGUUCUUCUCUUUUCCGGGUCUUUUGAGAUGUCUCUCUCUCUCUUUUAAAAGAGAGAGAGAAAGAGUAAUAAAACAAAUAUUAUUGUAUCGAUCCCCUGCCGUACACGAAUGUUGCUCCAUAUCGGUGUUUUUUUGCAAAAGCCUGCAAGUGAAUGCAAGUGACCAUGAGAAAAUGAAGAAGAAAAAAGAGAAGAAAAGAGAAGAAUCGUCAACAUUACUGUGAGUAACAGCUCCUUUUUGUGUAACAUUAGGCAGUCCCCUUUAGUAACCAGCUUUGACGUUGAUCCGCCAUCCAAAAGUGCCUCCCUGUAUGUGAAGCACAAGUUGAUAGUCCCAGAACCGCAAUAUUAGUACUUUCUAAGGGCCCUUGUAAUAAAGGGGCUUCUUUGUCGAGGCAAAUUUUCACUAAGAAUAGAGAAAGAGGCGAGAAUGGAAGAUCCUGGACUGACUGAAUCGAGAAAGGCGAAACAAAGGCUAAACCGCAAUGAUAAAAGGACCUGUGUAUCACACAACGAGGCUAUCUGCUUCGGUUGGACCCUACGGAACCUUGUCGCUCAUGUUGCUGUCGUCCCGUAGCAUCUUGAAGCUUUAGCGAAUCGAGGCGCUUCUGGUUAUCCUCAGCAGUGUCAACUUCGUCAACCCGUGGGAGGCUUCCUCCGCGAGCCCUGCCGGGGUCCUCAACCGUGGCCAGUCCCAGUGAAGCUCUUCGCUCGUCAGCUUGCUGGGAUAGAGCAGCCCAUUUUCGCUCUCGCAGUGCUUCUCGGGCUGCGGCGCUGUUCUGCUGCUCUGUGUAUUCAUGAGAGCAAUCAUCAAAG